ACGGUGUGACAGGAUUUGGGAGACCUGGCGGAAACCUUCAGGUCACCCAGGGAACUGCUCUCGCGGCUGGUCCUGUGCGGCGAGGCGGGGGGUGAGCGCGAGGCGCGCAGGGCGCGGAGAUGUGCAAGUGGAGGAGCUGGACGGAGUGCAGGCGUAAGCUGCAGAGCGGCUAAGGCGAGGGGUGAGUCUCGGGGUGAGGGUCCAAGGAAUGCGGGCUUCCCGGGCGCUCACCCGCCCGGAGCCCGAGUGGGGCCUGGAACCUCCCGGGACUCUGGCUUCGUCCCCCUCCGCGCGCUCGGCGCCGGGGCGCACCCUGGGGACCGCACAGAGCGGUGGGCGCUCGCCCGGGCUGGGGGCUACUUUGCCUGCGGCCGCCCUGGCCGGUGCGCUCAUUGGUCGGGAUGUGUCUGCUCAGUCGCCUCCAACUUCUCCCCAAUCCCACUGAUUUUAGGUGAUGGGAAGAUCAGAAAGUCAGAUGGAUAUAACUGAUAUCAAUGCUCCAAAGCCAAAGAAGAAACAGCGAUGGACUCCCCUGGAGAUCAGCCUCUCUGUGCUUGUCUUGCUCCUGACUAUCAUAGCGGUGACAAUGAUCGCUCUCUAUGCAACCUAUGAUGAUGGCAUUUGCAAAUCAUCAGACUGCAUAAAAUCAGCUGCUCGACUGAUUCAGAAUAUGGAUGCCUCUGUUGAGCCAUGUACAGACUUCUUCAAGUAUGCUUGUGGAGGCUGGUUGAAACGCAACGUCAUUCCCGAGACCAGUUCCCGAUACAGUAAUUUUGACAUUUUAAGAGAUGAGCUAGAAGUCAUUUUGAAAGAUGUCCUUCAAGAACCCAAAACUGAAGACAUAGUAGCAGUGCAGAAAGCAAAAACCUUGUACAGAUCGUGUAUAAAUGAGUCUGCUAUUGAUAGCAGAGGCGGACAACCUCUACUCAAACUGUUACCAGAUAUAUAUGGGUGGCCAGUAGCAUCAGAUAACUGGGAUCAAACAUAUGGCACUUCUUGGACAGCUGAGAAAUCCAUUGCACAACUGAAUUCUAAAUAUGGGAAAAAGGUCCUCAUUAAUUUUUUUGUUGGCACUGAUGAUAAGAAUUCUACCCAGCAUAUAAUUCAUUUUGACCAGCCUCGACUUGGCCUCCCUUCCAGAGACUACUAUGAGUGCACUGGAAUAUAUAAAGAGGCUUGCACAGCAUAUGUGGAUUUUAUGAUUUCUGUGGCCAGACUGAUUCGUCAGGAACAAAGUUUGCCUAUUGAUGAAAACCAGCUCUCUUUGGAAAUGAAUAAAGUUAUGGAAUUGGAAAAAGAAAUUGCCAAUGCUACAACUAAACCAGAAGACCGAAAUGACCCAAUGCUGCUUUAUAACAAAAUGACAUUGGCCAAGCUGCAGAACAACUUUUCCCUGGAGGUCAAUGGGAAGUCAUUCAGCUGGUCAAAUUUCACAAAUGAAAUCAUGUCAACUGUGAAUAUUAAUAUUCAAAAUGAGGAAGAAGUUGUUGUCUAUGCUCCAGAAUAUUUAACCAAACUUAAGCCUAUUCUUACCAAAUAUUCUCCCAGAGAUCUUCAAAAUUUAAUGUCCUGGAGGUUCAUAAUGGAUCUUGUAAGCAGCCUCAGCCGAAACUACAAGGAGUCCAGAAAUGCUUUCCGCAAGGCCCUUUAUGGGACUACAUCAGAAACUGCAACAUGGAGACGGUGUGCUAACUACGUCAAUGGGAAUAUGGAGAAUGCUGUGGGGAGGCUUUAUGUGGAAGCGGCUUUUGCUGGAGAGAGCAAGCACGUGGUUGAAGACUUGAUUGCACAAAUCCGGGAAGUUUUUAUUCAGACUUUGGAUGACCUUACUUGGAUGGAUGCUGAGACAAAAAAGAAAGCUGAAGAAAAGGCCUUGGCAAUUAAAGAAAGGAUUGGCUAUCCUGAUGACAUCAUUUCCAAUGAGAACAAACUGAAUAAUGAGUAUCUUGAGUUGAACUACAGGGAAGAUGAAUACUUUGAGAACAUAAUUCAAAAUUUGAAAUUCAGCCAAAGCAAGCAGCUAAAGAAGCUCCGAGAAAAAGUGGACAAAGAUGAGUGGAUAAGUGGAGCAGCUGUAGUCAAUGCAUUUUAUUCCUCAGGCCGAAAUCAGAUAGUCUUCCCCGCUGGCAUUUUGCAGCCCCCAUUCUUCAGUGCUCAGCAAUCCAACUCAUUGAACUAUGGGGGCAUCGGCAUGGUCAUUGGACAUGAAAUCACACAUGGAUUUGAUGACAAUGGAAGAAAUUUCAAUAAAGAUGGAGACCUCGUUGACUGGUGGACGCAGCAGUCGGCAAAUAAUUUUAAAGACCAAUCCCAGUGUAUGGUAUACCAGUAUGGAAACUUUUCCUGGGACCUAGCAGGUGGACAGCAUCUCAAUGGAAUUAAUACACUAGGAGAAAACAUUGCUGAUAAUGGAGGUAUUGGCCAAGCAUACAGAGCCUAUCAGAAUUAUGUUAAAAAGAAUGGUGAAGAAAAAUUACUCCCUGGACUUGACCUCAAUCACAAACAACUAUUUUUCCUGAACUUUGCCCAGGUGUGGUGUGGGACCUACCGGCCAGAGUAUGCAGUCAAUUCUAUUAAAACAGAUGUACACAGUCCUGGAAAUUUCAGGAUCAUUGGGACUUUGCAGAACUCUGCCGAGUUUGCAGAUGCCUUUCAUUGCCGCAAGAAUUCAUACAUGAAUCCAGAAAGGAAAUGUCGGGUUUGGUGAUCUUCACAAGAUACUGAACAUCCACGGCAAGAUUUGCCAAAGCCACGGAAACAGGAACUCUUCCCUCAGAGAAACUGGGCCCCGGAAGUUUCUUCAGCUUCCUGGGGGGCAAUUCACAGAGACGAGCAUGAGCUAACAUAAAUGAAAUUAGAUUAUUAAAUCUGCUGUGAAUGAAAGGGGAGGGAGCCUACGAUCUAGCAAAUCAAUCACUUCACUGUGUAAAUAAUGAUUACUUUCCAACGGUAGUACUACCGUUCACUUCUGUUUCUCACACAGACUGCAGCUUUCAUGUUGUCUGUAGAGAACAGUGUUAACACUUAAAGCAGACUAUGACUUCUGAUCAAAAGGAGGACGAUGCUCAGUACAGCAGGGCACCAAAGCACAGAUUUGCCCCUCAGCACUCACUUUUGUUUGCAACAUUCAUGCUCCUUCCAAACUCUCCCAAAGAACUCCCAUACAGACUGUGGCCUUCAGGCUCGUGCAGUUUUGAACUCAUUUUACCAUACAUAAGUUAUUCAUUCAUCCCACAUCAAUUUAGUUUGAACACUCUUAGAGCUUAAACUAGAGUAUCUGAAACGGUUCCCCUAUUUCACCCACUUUAGUGAUGUUGAGAUUCUUGAACCCCCCUGCAGAUCUUUGAGCAAUUUCUUGCUCUUGCUGCCCCUCAGACUCAGUCUUUUAAAGGAUUUGUAGUAAUGUAUAAAGAAUAAUUCUAUAUUUAAUUAUUAACUACAUUUAUGACUGAAUAAACCAUUGCUAUAGGUAAUCAUUGAAUAUUGAAGUUAUAUGGCCAAGAUAGUUUUGAAGAUCUGUAACAUGAUAUACAGACGAAAAUUUGAGACUCUUUAAAUCUGUAAAUCAUAUUGAUGAAAAGCUUUAAGUACAAACUCUGGGGGUGAGCAUUACCAUUGGACGGGUGUCUUGAGAUACAUAAUAGUUGUGGUUUACAAACAGCAUUUUCAAGAUUAAGUCUGUCCCUAGUGGCUAAGAAAGGGUCUAACUGUAUCUGUGUUGCUCCAUGAAUGCUUAGCCUUCAGGUUUGUCAUCAGAUGAAAAUAUUUUGAUAAUAAAUUGACGUUGUGAGCCCCUUACUAGGCCUGUGUGCACGCCAUGCCACCUAGCUUUAGAAAGCCUAUGUCUGAAUCGAGAUGGGCAGCCUCCACUGUACCUGCUUCUUGAAUUCUACAGCUCAUGGACUCUAAUUGGAUUUCCUGAGGCACUCAUAUGCCUUCCUUGUCCUUCUGCUUACUUUAGUGAUUUUCACUAUUCAGUAUAAAUUUUACAAAGAUUCAUUUCUACAGUCCUUAUUUUUAUCAAAAGGUGAAAAUGAAAACAUUUCUAUCCAAACUCUUAGUUUUCAUGCCUUGUGAGAAAAGCCCACUUGCUUGUAAAAGUGUUACAGUACAAUAUGUAAAAUUGUAUAGAACAAAAACUACAGUUCAGCGAACUGAUAUUCUCUGAACACAGCACCCUAGCUAAAAUCUAUAAGAAAUGGAACACUGUAGCUUUCUGCCAUCAUCAUAUAACUGCUAGGCAUACAUUAUCCAGAUCUCCAGCAUUAUGCACUAGCUCUGCCCCAUUUUGUCUUUCAGUCAUGCAUUACUUCCUAUCUUACUUCUCUCUGCCUUACAUUUGUAAAAUUUAGCUGUAUGAUUGGUUUAUAUGUGAAUCUAUCAUUGUUGAAUAAGGUUCUGUUGUGUGACUAUACUACAAAUAUUCCAUCUUAUUAUUGAUGGACUUUUAAGGACUCCAUGAACUCCUGUCUAUUCUGGUUUUGGAUUGUUACAAAUGAUAUAACUAUGCAUUAUGAACUGUGCUUAUAUAUUCACCUUUACUUGAAUUAUCAUUGGAAUCACUUUCCCAAACCUAUCCAAAACUAUCAUAAAUUUUAAAGACACGGUUUCAGACUGUGUGGUUACAAACAUCCUUAUCUUUUUCCCUUUUAAAACAAACACUAUUGUCAUGAAUAAUACUUAUAUGACUGUUUCUUUGAAAUCAAUUUAAACAUACUUGAGUACUAUGAAUGGUGGUAGUAGAAGAUUUCAGUUAAACAGCUAUCUCUGGGUUAUUUUCAUUUAUGUCCUGUCAUAGCAGCCAAAGAGACAGAAGUGAAGAGUCAAUGGCCACUAGCAUCUCCACUGGUAGUUCAUUAAAGGAUCAAGCUUCCAAACCUAUGUAACAGCAACUCUGGUGCCUAGAUUCCUGCUGUAUAUACAGCAUACAGCAUAUUCUUUGAGCUAAGGGAUUUUAACAUAAAAGUUAAAAUGGUAAUUUUUUCCCUAUUACUCGGGCAUCCAGAUAUCAGUGGUUGUAGCUGGUACUCAGAACCCUAUGUUCUUUCUUAAUUCCUACCAGCCAUUUGUCACAUUACUUAAGAGUUACAUAUAAUAUUAUACAUAAAUUUGCUUCCACCGUAUUUAAGUUCUGAUCGGGGAGAGUUUGUUGUACACUUGAGAGCUGUUGUAGCUCAUCAGUGAAGAUGAAGCUCCUGGCAGUAUGUGUUGGCAAGGAGUCUGCUUCCAUAACAUAGUGUCUGUGUGCAAGGCAAAAGGAUGCUCCCCAGGAAGUUGAGGAUUUGUUCUAGUUCUACUGCCAAAGUGACCUUGGGCACAUGUAUAUCCCUUGGGGCUUCUGCCUCUUUUACUCCAAAAAGAAGACAGUAAGAUUCCAGCAGUUCAUACCAAUGCUGCCUUCCCUUUAACCUGUUACCCAGGAAACAAGGACCAAAAUUCUAACAAGCUUGGGGCUGUGAUACUGUUACUAUUAGGCAUGAUGAUAGGACAGACACUUGCAAACUUUCUUAAGUGUUCAUAAUUCCUAUAGCAAUAGAUGGAGCUCUUAGAGUAGAAGGCAUCUGUCAGUUUAGAAAGAAAAUAACAUUCUAAGAUUCUACUGUGUCAAAAGAAGUAUAUUCAGAAUUUUUAAAAUUAGGUCCUAUUCUCUAGGAUAGAAAAUAACAAACAUUUUCAUAAUGUUGUUUCUAUGACUAGUUGACUGUUCCAAUUUCACCAAUAUGCAUGUAAACAUACACACACCAUUUAUGCCUUGAAAAAUAUUAAGAUAAAAUAGGACAUUGUUUUCUAUGCAGUCUUAUAUUUCCUUCAUAGUUUCAAACUAAAUCUUUUUAAACAAAUAAUAUGAAGUAUUUUACCAACAUUUUAUUUUAAAGAUAACCAGUUUUCUGAUUAGGUGUUUCAUAUGGCUACCAAAUGUUAUCAGGAGUCACAAUUAUAAUUGGAUUAUGCUGAAGCCAAAUGUGCAAAUGUGAAGAGCUGGACCACUCAGGUGACUUGGUGACAGAGGAGCCACAUGUGACUGUUGUCAAAAUAGCAUGUUUAUUGCAUUCUAACUUUUUCUCUAAUUAUAUUUUCUUAGUGUCAA